CAGCCAGCCACCGCCGCUUGCGAGGAACGGACUGUUGCUCCUUCGUCCCUCAGACGCGCGCGCGCACACACACACACUCACGCUCGCAUACACGCGGACGUUACUCCAUCCUCUAGCCUCCCUCCCUCCCUUGUUUUGAGAGGUGAGGGAUUAAAAGUGAGGGAAAGGCACAAGAGCGGCUGCUUGCCAUGAGGCUGCCUUCGCCGCCUUCCUCCUCCUGACGGGAGCGCGCGGGGAGAGGACUAAGGAGGCGAGCGAGCGAGCGAGCGAGGGAGCGGAGGCGCGGCGWGGAGAAGUAGCCCAGCCCUUCCUUGCCUUGGGAGUGAGUGGCCCAGGGAGAGCGCUGGCUUGCCAAGAGGGGCUGGGAAGCGCGCCAGAGGCUGAGCCCAGCCCUCUCCGCUCCCCUUCAACGUUUCUCCGCCUUUGCAACCCUCCCCGGCGGGCUGGGGCUGCUGGAUGUGAGGCGCCGGGGCUGUCCCUUCCUCUGCCUUCUGCCCGCCUUGGGCUUGCGAUGCCGGCUUCCCUUGGGCAUGCCAAACCGCGCACAGGAUGAAGGCAGGUCAGUCUUCUAGAAUGCCAGAGGAAAGUUCCCCACGGAAGACACCCCAGAAUGUGCCCUAUCGGGACCUCCCUCACCUGGUCAAUGCGGACGGGCAGCAUCUCUUCUGCAGAUACUGGAAACCAGCCACCACACUAAGGGGCCUGGUGUUUGUUGCUCAUGGUGCUGGAGAACACUGCUGUCGUUAUGAUGAUUUGGCCCAGAUGUUGACAGGGAACAACUUUUUCGUAUUUUCUCAUGAUCAUGUUGGCCAUGGGAAGAGUGAAGGAGACCGUAUGAUUGUGUCAGACUUCCAUGUAUUUGUCAGAGACUGCUUGCAGCACAUUGAUCUAAUGAAGAAAGAUCACCCAGGUCUUCCCGUGUUUCUUCUAGGGCAUUCCAUGGGAGGAGCCAUUGCCAUCCUUACCGCAUGUGAAAGACCAAAUGAGUUUUCAGGCAUGGUAUUGAUUUCUCCUUUAGUAGUUGCAAGUCCGGAUGUAGCAACACCAAUCAAGGUUUUUGCAGCUAAAGUGCUUAAUUUUGUCCUGCCAAACUUGUCCUUGGGAACUCUUGACCCAAAUAUGGUAACACGGAAUAGGAAAGAGGUUGAGUCUUACAUCUCAGAUCCCCUGGUCUACCAUGGUGGCAUGAAAGUCUGCUUUGUUAUCCAACUGAUGAAUGCUAUUGCCAAAAUUCAGCGCUCACUCUCCAAACUGACUCUUCCCAUCCUGGUGCUCCAUGGCUCACCUGACAAACUCUGUGAUAUCAAGGGCUCUUUUUUGCUCAUGGAUACUGUAUCAAGUCAAGAUAAAACACUCAAGGUGUAUGAAGAAGCUUAUCAUGCCCUCCACAAAGAGCUUCCUGAGGUGACUACUUCUGUUUUUACAGAAAUACAAACAUGGAUUUUGCAGAAACUCUCAGCAGUUGAAGAAGCCCAUGGCUCUUAAAAAGCCACUUUGUCAACUUUUUAAAUGGUGGCUGGGAUAUUCUGGAAAGGGGAAACUUCUUUUGUUUUGUUUUUUCUACAACCUGUGGGGGAGAGGACAUAAUUUCUUAAAGGGACUCCUGAAAUAGGUUAUUUUUAAACAGAAAUUCCUGUGGCAUUUUGGGGGUGAGAGAAACUUUGCAGUCAAAAGAGUUAUUCUGUCAGAGGGGAGAGAGGGGAAGGGCACCAGUACCGGAUUCCCAAUAGAAGUGCUGCUUUAAGGGGCUUAUCUUAAUCUCUCUCCAAAAAAAUCCAGGGCACCACUCUCCCCCAUUCUUUGUUUUUCAAGGAGUUCCUGAGGUGCUGAGCUUUUUUUUUAAAAAAAAAAAUACCGCAAUAAUCUUUGGAAUAGCAUUAAAUUUUUACUCCUGCUGGAGUAGAAUUCCUCCCUUCUCUACUUUCAAGAUUGCAUAAAUACACAAAAGAAAUUGAUUGUCACAUGGAAGUGGUGUUAGGAAGGAAGUUGAGGUGGCAACUGGGGCUUACCAUGUGUGAAUUUAAAACGAGCAAAAAAGCAUUGGGUUAGUGUCUGGGCUGGCCAAAGGGUCUCUCGGAAUAUCCUGCCUUAGGAGAUAAGAAGCAGGAAGGAACCCAACAGGUCAUUUUAGCAAACAGCCCUAAUGAUCUUCAAAGCUGUUUCAUGGUCACCCUAGAACUGGCACCACUGAGGAGCCAUGUGGAAGGAAAAUAUUGAGUCUAAAGGUGGUAAGCACACUAUGGGAUGCUGCUUCCAGAAACCAAAACUUUCUUCUGUGCAAGAAUUGUAAAUACUUGUUAGGGGGCUGCUCUCCGUGUUACUUGUGCUACUGGUAACUUAAGAUGUAAAGUCAAAAGUUAUAUUUAAAGAGAAAUAUUAUUAAAUAUAAUAUAUACCGUUUCUAUAGGUUGCUCAGAGAUAUCUAGUGGAAAAGUAAGGGAGCAGUAUAUCAAAUGGGUCCAGGGGCUGCCAUUCGUACUCCUAUAGGGUACUUCCAAACAACAAAAAUGUAACUCUGCCAUGUUGGUGAGCUGAAUUGCUGCUUGACCACAAAGGAGUACUCCCUGUUUUUCCAUAAUGUUCACACUAUUAUUCCCAUUUUUAAAUAGGAAGGACAGGACAGAAGUAACUCACUUGUUAUGGGCUUGUAUUUUCUCCUUCUCUGUUCCUUUAUGCUUAUUUUGAAGAAAAUAGAGGGAGGACAAGAAACCAAACUUAUGGCAAAUGUGUGUUUGGGAGGGGUUUAGGAGCUACAGAUAGAGAAAAGGAUCCCAAGAAGCAGAAGGAGAGAGAACAGGUUAACAGGUUAGUGAUGUACAUUGCACACAUAGGAUGCGCAAAGAAGAGUAAGUGGUAAUGAGAAAUUGUGGCAGGGAGAUUCAUCUGUUGGACACUUACAUUUGUGUAUGUGAGAAGCAUUGUGGUCUGUGUGGACUAGAGAUAGCUGAGAAUUAAAUUCCAGUUUUUCAUCACAUAAUUCUGUAUUGGAGAAAGUAAAACCAAUUAAUCUCCUCAUCCCUGGAGUGAGUGCUCAUUUUAGUUCAGACCAAAAUUUAACAACACUUUGACAUGUUGAAUUUGAAAAGAAGCAAAAAAUGAGAUUUGCCCAUUCCUCCUAGAGAAGGGCUUGAAUUUUAUGUUCCUGUGAUAAACUGUUCUUGGGGAUGGGAUCGGGGUAGGGUUGGACUUUUAGAAACAAGGCCCCUGUAUUAAUCUCAUCAGGAUUUGGGUGUGAGCUUUAUCAGUGAUUUCGUUGCUUCAUUAAAUCAGAACAGCAAUACCAGGAAAGUGUAAAAAAAAAGUGGCCCAUAACUAGUCAAAACACCUAGCCAGUGUGACCAUCAUACUGUAUAUUCUUGUCGUUCUCAUUUUAUAAGGAAAAAUACAUCAGAUUAGUUUUAUUGCAGAAAAAAAGUCCCAAUUAUACUGUUAAACUAAUCUCCUGUAUAAAUGAUUAAAAGAGAAACCUGUUUGUGCUAAGACUUAAAUUACUAGCUUUUGGGGGAGAAUCUCAUCAGUUUCAGUCCUGCUUUUCCCAUGCAUUUCUUGCAGGAGACUUACCACUGUGACUAAGGACUGUUUCAAAACGUGUGACCUUUUUGCUGAGAAUGUCCUCGGCUCUGUUUCGUGGGACACCACUAUCUCAGUAACAAUGAAAGAUAUUCUGCAAUCUCUAUUAUCGUGCUUUUCCUAGUCUGUAUGUACUUUCAGGGUAAAAGUCUAAAGCUGUGAAGUGCUCUUUAUUAGUCAAGCAACUAAUAUAUAAGGAGGCAUAUGCAGUGUUAGAUUCUAGAACAGAUGUUUGCACAGAACUUGACAAAUUCAGUUGACAAACUUACAGGUUCGCUUUAUGAUGCCACCCCCGAGCCUUUGGGGAAAAACUGUAGUGUCUGGCUUUACUUGGGGGAUAUCUGUAUACUUUCUGUUAAGAUUAAGACCCUUUAUCACACAGAGGCACUUUAGGCAAGGUGAAAAGAUAACCAAAAUUAGUUUACUGCAAACAAGAUGAAUAAAGGGUUAACUCCACCCAGAACUAUCAUAAGGUAACUUAAAACAAUACAUCAUAAAAGGAGCCUUUACAGUCAUCUCUCUAGAUUCUUCUGCCUCUGAUGUAAAGCGAUGAUUAUAAACUGUCUCAAUCUUCUUUCUUGUGAAUAAUAAGCUGGUCAUAAGCUUCUGUUGUCCUUUGGACUGUUAGUGUAAAAAUACUGCUGAAUGCAGGUGCUAAGAAUGCCUGUUUUGGCAUUCUUAGCAAUCCCAAGCCUAAGUCACAGUAGCUCUGCUGUAGAAAGAGGAAGAGUCCAGUCAGAGAGCUCUAUACUGGGAAAUGGAAUAGAUCAACUAAGUCUGAGCUCUGGGGGGGAUUUUAAGCUCCACCCAAAACUAAUACAAAGAAAGAUAUCUACGCUAUUGGCAAAACCUAAACGGGGAAAUGAAGCAAAGGAGAAGAAAAGGCAGAGCUAAGACUUCACACGCUUCCCUGUGCAUAGCUAUCUGUGCAUGUCUGGGGGCCUGAGGAGGGAUUCUAAUCCCAUAUACUAAAUCUUGUUUACCUGAUCAAAUGAAUGUAAAUCUUAGUUCCUGCCUAUUUCUGGGAACUUUGAAAGGAGAACCUUGUGUAAUAGCAAACAGUCUCCUAAUUGACUCUGAUCUGUUCUCUAAUAAAGCUGUGAGUGGUAGAAGCUUAGCAGAUCACAAUACCUUAGAAAAAGAAGCACUGUAGGAGUAGUAAGUUGCCUGUUUGCCCGGGCUCUUGCAAAUUAUCCAGACAAAAUGUAUUUUUUACAUUUAGUUAUGGUCAGUUUGGGAUGCCUUAAACAGCUUUAAACAAGAUCUAAAUUAGCCCCUGGUUGUAGUGUAGAGAGGUGAUUUCACCUCAGAAAAGACUGGGCCCCAGAAAACCUUUUCGAACAGCCACACGAGUGCACUUACAGUUAAAGUUGGUGCGUUGUUAAAAUGGAGACUUGCAGUUUGGAGUAUACUACAUUGGAGCUGCUCUAGAUUCACCCUGCUAACACCACACCUAAUUGUACUAUCCCCUUCUGAUAUUGUAUUAAUAGCCACACAUUUCCCCAGCCCAAAUUCAAAUCAACACCGCUUUUUUUCCCUUGGGACUGUCAUCCCUCCUCCAGCCCAGGCAAGCCAUGAAAUCAACUUCAAGGACAUUGAUCAAGCAGAUAUAUCACUGUUGACCACUUGGCUGGGCACCUGCAACUUCACCAGCAGGGCUCUGCUGGGAUGGUGCUUAGUUGGGGAGGCAGCAGCAGUGGCCCUGAGAAGAAAGAAACAUUUUAUUUAUUUUCUUUGCAGUGCAGAUCUACCCUGUCACUACUGGGCUCAGCUGAGGAAUGGGUAGCUGACCAGUCCUCUUCAUUCAUAAAAUAAUAAAAGAGACCAAUGGUACUCAUGUUAAACCCCAGCAAGUAGUACAAUUGAUUAUGAUUGCCAGAUGGCGCAUGCCACUCAUUCCUAUUCCACCCCAAUGCAGUUAAGAUACAUGCAGCAAAAAAUACAUUUUUCCCACCCAAAGAACAAGAAGUGAGUUUUAAAACAUUGCAUUAAAGAAGCACUUUCAUUGUUAAAAUGGUCAUGCAUCAUGUGUUCUUACAGCACUGGAUGAGAUGUGUAUAUAUAGGGGUUUUUUUGCUAGUCUAGAUGAGGCCUGAGCUACAAAAGAAUGAUGGUUAUGCUGAUACAUAUGAAUUGAAAGAAAUAUUUCAUCUUCAGAGAUCCAGUGAUUUCAAGUACUGUAGAAAUAUGGAAUAUAUUGCAGUCCAGAAACACAAACAGACAAUACUUUCCCACCCUGAUGGCCAUAAUAGUUGCUAUAAUUUAACAAUAGGAUUCCUUUCCUACUUUGUGAGAUGAGGGAGCAGGGAUAUUACUGGGGAGGGAGACAGUGGCUAAAAAGAUGAGCUUUCCAUCUUUUGAUUUUAAAGAAAAAACAUUAGGUGUGUUUCAUUUAUAGCAAGAGAUGUCACAAUAGUAGAAGCACUUAGGGAAGAAAUGUGUUAAAAAAGCAAUCAAGAUUGGAGAUUGUUUGAAAGAUGUGUGUGUGAGCUUCAUUCCUCACCUAUUCAAGUCAAUUGGGAGUUUAGCCACAGCAAAAGAAAUCUAGGUCAAUGCUGCCUGCUGCAGAGAACAAGUGUCUUUUGGGGAGGGACGCUGCUCAGCUGUUCCCUGUGAUAUACACAGCAAGAGGAAAUUGUAGGUUCAGUGCCUUUGAAUACAUUUGGCCAGAGAAUGUCUGCUGUAAUUCCUGAGCUCAGAAGCAUUAUGAAAGAAAAGUAAGAAACUGCAUUAUGCACCUCUUGACAAAGCUACAUAGGCAAUAGAGAAAAAUCAGAUGCAUCAUCAGUGGCAAGGUAAAAGAGAACCAUUUAGCUCUUUCAAGACAUCAGAUGAAGCCCAACCAAGAGAUAAGGAAGCCCUGUUUUAUGUGUCAUGACUGAGGAAUAUAGGCUUUCUCUCCCCGCACCCCCAAUACUGUUUGAGAACAAUUUACUAUCAGCCCAAGCUGUCAUAGCUAGUGGUGAGAGAUGAUGGAACUUGUGGUCUGACAAUAUCUGGAGGCCAUGUUCCCUAUAUCUGCUGUAUGAAAGAGGCCCGAUUUUUGUGCUGAAGCUUCUCACCAGUCCAGACUCCAGACUCCCUCACCUAAUAGGGUUAGUGAGCAAACCUUUCAGGCAGCGUAGAGCAUUGUGUCCUCCAUCUCUGAAGCCAAGUAAGAACAGUGGAUAAAGCUGAUAACAGAAGUCGACAUGGGCAGGAGCAACCAGAAGGCGUGGAGGCUGCUAAGACGGUUGAGCAAUGACCCCUCACAAACUAAUACCCAUGCCAGCAUAAAGGGAGAUCAGAUAGCACACCAACUCUUGAAGAAUGGGAAACCCAACCUUACCACCAAAGUAGGAAAGAAACCUAAUAGGUACUGUCUGCCAACUGCUUCCUGGUGACCAAAAACUGGCCACCUAAAACUGAGGCAUCUACACUGCCCUGUGUUCCAGGAUCCAGUCCCAGAUUAUCUGCUUUGGACUGGAUUAUAUAAAUCUACACUGCCAGAUAAUCUGGGAUAAGCAGAUAAUUUGGGAUCAGAUUCUGAGAUAUAGAGCAGUAUAUUUCCAGCCUGAGUAGCAAUUUAUGGAAUUGAGUGUUCUUUUAAAUCAGUGGUGAAUAGCAUGCUGCCUUGCUUGUAUUAUUGGACUACAGUUGCCAGCAUUCUUCACCAUUAGCUGUGCUGACCAAGGGCUACUGGCAGUAUUGAUAGAACAGUACCUAGAGGACUAUGUGAUCUUCACUUCUUUUUUAAAAUUAAAAAACCUUACUCUGUGGAGGUUAAAAGGAGGUUAAAAAGGCUUGCAAUCUAGCUGUGAUUAAAUGAACAGAAGCUUGUAAAUUGAAUUAUGCCAAAGAUCUGAGGCAAACUUCUAAAGCUUUUUCACUGCCACUUAAAUUAAGCCAGUCUAAGAAUCUAGUUAGUCCUUGGGUGGGAGAUAGCCAACCAAUACCACAUGUUAUAUAUUUCAGAGGAAUGCAAUGGCAAAACUACUUCUGAGGGCCUUUCCACACAACCCUAAUCCCACAUUAUCUGAAUGUGAACUCAAAUACCCCAAUUCAAAGCAGAUAUUGUGGGAUUUUUUUUUGCCUUGAUAUUCUGGGAUAUAGGGCUGUAUGGAAGGGCCCAGAGUAUUCCUUGCCUGAGAAAACCCUAUGAAAUGCAUGGUGUCACCAUAAGUCAACAGCUGACUUGAAGGCAUACACAGUCUUCUUGGCAGUAUUUUUGGGAAGGCUUCUAGAUGGUCAUUCUGUGAUUGAUGAAAGCUGGCAAUCAGAGUUUAAAGAGAGAAAGUUUAAACAGGGAGUUAUUUUGUUGUACUACUAGCCAGAACUGACAGAGGUUGGGGGGGGGUGUCCUUUUGGGGGGGGGACUGGAAAACAAGGGUUGAGUUCAAUGAGGGGGCAGAGAUCAUGCAGCUAAUGGGAUGCUCUUGGAUUGCAACCACUAUUCCCAGCAGCCAUGGGCAACAGAAGUGAUGGUGAGGUCUCAUGGGAGUCACAGUCCAGAGAGAUCUGGAAGGGCAUCACAAUUCUCAACCCUGGUUUAUAGCUCUGAAAUGUGUUGUUACCAGAUAUGAGCACCGUAAUAAUGAAAUUAAAAUAAGAGAUAAAUGAUGGUAUUUGGGGUAGGGAGGGGGCUAUGGAACUACCAAGAGCCAACAUUGCAAAUGAAUCUAACAGCAAUGGAAGGAGGAGAAAUUGUGUUGUCAAAGGCUUUCAUGGCUGGAAAAUCACAGCAGCCCAUAGGGGGAAAUUCCUACCUCCAUCCUGUACAAUGUAUGGCCCAUCAAAGUGAAGCCCAGCCUGCUGAUGACUUCGCAGUCAGCCUCUUUUUAUAAUUGCAGAUGGGAAGAAACAGUAGGCAUCUUCUCACAAGGUGGCUCACAAGGUGGUUUGGUGGGCCUUGAGUGGUGCAGUCAUCUGAGCCUUACCUUAAAACUGCCUGUAUGGGAAGCCUGUUAAUUGAAAGAAACAUCUGUGAAUCAAACAAAAACCUUUGAAUGCACAUUUCUGGGGAACAAAAAUUGGGACUGUAUUGGCUUCCAGACAGCUGUGCCAACAGCAGCAGGGAGUUUCCCCUCAAGAGCAUUAGUUCCUUCAUGACAGAGCAAUAGUUGUGUGUGUAAUAUAGUAUAUAUAUAUCUCACCAUCACAUGCACCAGAUGUGGCACAACAGCACCCUCCUCAUCACAUGUCUUGACACAAUGUUUUAUAACGAGCCUGCUCUUUUUUUAUAUCGGUCACCUUGCCACUUCAGUGACAUAAUCUUGCCAAGAUAACUUAUUUUUCCAAGUAACUUCUGAGCCCUGUUUCUUGUUUCACUUGUGCUCCCACUCACCCAGUAACAUACACUCACAUAUAUACACUUGAAAACACUUGUACUUACAGCAAGGAGAAUGUGUACAACAUAGAUACUUUUGAGUAAAAAAAUAAAAAUAAAAUAUAUAUGGACAUUAAUAAUAAAGAUAUGUUUUAUGACUA